GGCCGGCCGCGCCGCCCGCCCGCCCCCGGCGGAGCGGAGCAGAGCAGAGCGGAGCACUGCGGCUCGCCGAGGAGGUUAAAUCUGCAUUUGCUUCCAAAAGCCCUUGGUCUUGCUGCUUUGUCACAAUUGACUGCGUAUGUCUAGAUACUUGGCUCUAGAUCUUCUGUCGCGCAUGGCCCUGCUGAAGAGCAGUGCCGCCUAAGAAAUACUUCUCAGCCAGGAUCUCGGUUGUAACAGAUUGCUGAGAGUGGUACCUCCGUAAUUAUGUAAGCUGGUUUUGCGCUCCUGAAGUAAACAUGAUGAAAACAGAGUCUUCAGGAGAAAGAUCAACCCUCCGAAGUGCCUCUCCUCACAGGAAUGCUUACAGGACUGAGUUCCAGGCACUGAAAAGCACCUUUGACAAACCGAAAUCAGAUGGAGACCAAAAAACGAAAGAGGAAGGAGAGGCCUCCCAGAGCAGGGGGAGGAAGUAUGGCUCAAAUGUUAAUAGGAUUAAGAACUUAUUUAUGCAGAUGGGCAUGGAGCCCACUGAAAGUGCUGGAGUUACACCUAAAACAAGGGGAAAGGGUGGCCCUCCAUCACCUCAAAGGCGAAUUAGGCCCAAAGAAUUUGUAGAAAAAACAGAUGGUUCAAUUGUAAAAUUGGAAUCUUCUGUUUCAGAAAGGAUUAGUAGGUUUGAUACUAUCCAUGAUGGUCCUUCUUAUUCUAAGUUUACUGAAACUCGGAAGAUGUUUGAGCGAAAUGCUCAUGAAAUGGGACAUUCCAAUCGCUACUCCCCAAAGAAAGAGAAAGUAGUUUCCAAUGAGCUUCCGGAUGAGUGGUGCAGCUCUAAAUCUCACAGAGGCAGCACUGAUUCAUUGGACAGUCUUAGCCCAAGGACAGAGACUGUCUCUCCAACUGUGAGUCAGCUCAGUGCAGUUUUUGAAAACACUGACUCACACAACGUAAUUGUUUUAGAAAAGUCAGAGAACAAUGAAGAAUACUCUGUAACUGGUCACUAUCCACUAAACCUGUCUUCUGCUGUUGCAAAUAUCUCCUCCCCUGUUGCAAACCUGGAGGGCUUCAGUCCUUUGAAAGAGGCCAGCACGUGGUCUCCACCAGCCAAACAAAGUACAAGCUUAGUAUCUGUUGAGAACUCCCAGCAAAACAGCACAUCUUCCUCACUGAGACAGAAAACAUCUACAGGCACUUUGUCAGGUUCAAAAACAACUGAAGAAAUAAAGAAUACAGAGGUCAGUGCUGAUUCUGCUGAGAAUUGUGUGGUGAGUCCACAGGAUUUGGUCAGCAUCUCUGACAGUGAAAGGUCUGUGGACAGUUGUGCUAGGAAUAAGUCAAAAGCAGACACAGACGUUCUGUUGCAUCAAAAUGAACGGUCAGAAAAUGCAGAGGGUGUCUUUGAUAGACCUGAAGCUGCAGAAAUAUCAAGAAAUUUAGUGUCAGGUGGUGAUUUUGCAGCAGAUGCUGUUUCAGAUGCUACUGAGUCCCAUUAUGAUGAGACAAGUGAAAAGGAAGUAAACGAAGAUGUGAACAAUUUUCAGAGUUCCCAUGUGUACAUGCACUCCGACUACAAUGUUUAUAGGGUACGAUCGAGGUAUAAUUCUGACUGGGGAGAGACAGGUACAGAACAGGAUGAUCAGGAUGACAGUGAUGAAAAUAACUGUUAUGAACCUGAUAUGGAAUACUCUGAAAUUAAUGGAUUGCCAGAUGAAGAUGAAAUCCCAGCAAACAGGAAAAUUCAGUUUAGCCGUGCUCCUAUUAAGGUUUUCAAUACAUACUCCAAUGAAGACUACGACAGGAGAAAUGAUGAAGUUGAUCCAGUGGCUGCAUCAGCUGAAUAUGAACUUGAAAAGCGUGUGGAAAAGCUGGAGCUUUUCCCAGUUGAGCUAGAAAAAGAUGAAGAUGGACUUGGCAUAAGCAUUAUUGGAAUGGGAGUUGGAGCAGAUGCAGGCCUUGAAAAACUGGGAAUAUUUGUCAAAACAGUAACAGAAGGUGGGGCAGCAGAAAGGGAUGGCAGGAUCCAGGUGAAUGACCAAAUUGUGGAAGUUGAUGGCAUCAGUCUGGUUGGUGUUACACAAAAUUUUGCUGCAACUGUUCUUAGAAACACCAAAGGAAAAGUCAGGUUUGUAAUUGGACGAGAAAAACCCGGACAAGUAAGUGAGGUUGCGCAGCUGAUUAGCCAAACUCUAGAACAAGAGCGCCGCCAGAGAGAACUCCUUGAGCAGCAUUAUGCACAAUACGAUGCGGAUGACGAUGAGACAGGAGAAUAUGCUACAGAUGAAGAAGAUGAAGACAUGGGACCUGUCCUUCCGGGAGGUGAUGUGGCUAUUGAAGUGUUUGAUCUUCCUGAAAAUGAUGACAUGUUCUCCCCCAGUGAUCUGGACACCAGCAAGCUUGCUCACAAAUUCAAAGAGUUGCAAAUCAAACAUGCAGUUACAGAAGCUGAAAUUCAGAAGCUGAAGACAAAGCUGCAGGCUGCUGAGAAUGAGAAGGUGAAGUGGGAAGUGGAGAAGACGCAGCUCCAGCAAAACAUUGAGGAGAAUAAGGAAAGGAUGAUGAAAUUAGAGAGUUACUGGAUUGAGGCGCAAACCUUGUGUCACACUGUGAAUGAACACCUCAAGGAGACGCAAAGUCAGUAUCAGGCUCUGGAGAAGAAAUAUAACAAGGCAAAGAAAUUAAUCAAGGAUUUUCAGCAAAAAGAACUUGACUUCAUCAAACGCCAGGAAGCUGAACGAAAGAAAAUAGAAGACUUGGAGAAGGCACAUCUGGCAGAAGUUCAAGGCUUACAAACUCGUAUACGAGACUUGGAAGCAGAAGUUUUCAGGCUGUUGAAGCAAAAUGGGAGCCAAGUUAAUAAUAACAACAACAUUUUUGAAAGGCAGACAUCUUUUGGAGAAGUUUCUAGAAGGGAUCCAGUAGAAAAUCUAGACACAAAGCAAGUGUCCUGUCUGGAUGGCUUAAGUCAAGAUCUCAGUGAAGCAGUGCCAGAAACAGAGAGACUGGACUCUAAAGCUCUGAAAACUCGAGCCCAACUUUCAGUGAAGAACAAACGGCAAAGGCCUACUAGACCAAGGCUUUAUGACAGUAUCAGUUCAACUGAUGGAGAAGACAGCCUGGAACGAAAGCCGUCAGACAGUUACAGUAGUCCCAUGCACAUUUCCAAAUCACCUCUGCCCUUAUGUGUGAGAGCAUCCUCACCAGCAUCAGAUUCUGGUGCUUCCUCCCUCUCCCCAGUGGCUAGCAGUGCAGCAUUCUCAUUUGACAACCUAACUGAAAACCAAGAAGAAGGACAACAGCACAAAGGAGGUGUCUUUUCCCCUCUUGUUCAGGGGCACACUCCAUUUCCCUCUCCUUCAAAAUCUGGACACAGCUCUGAAUCAUCUCCUUUCCAUCACCCAGCUGGCAAGAAUGUUUUACAAGAUGAAGAUGGUGCCACAUGUGCCCAGGCAGCAAGAACAACUAGCCCUACUAUGGGGCAGGCAGAAAAACUAAAGCGAAAACUUGCAGACCUUGGGGCUCCCUUGAGAAGGAGUUCAAACAAGGGAAAGAAGCGGAAGGAAAAAGAAGCUAUUAGGGUGACCUGUGGCAGUAGGACCACUGGAGAGAUACUGCAGAAAUCAGCAAAUGCUAAAUCUUUACUAGAACGAUCCUCCUCUCUCCCACACUGUGUACCAUUCACAUGGUAUGGAGAGAGCAGCAAGGGAUCUAAUUCUUCUAGCAACCUGCCAUCACCUACCAGCUCAACUGAACCUUCUUCUGAAAAUAUAAGUCCAGCUAAAAAAGGGGCAAAGAAUUUCACAUUGAAUGAUGACUUCAGUCCUAGCAGCACAAGUUCAGCUGACUUGAGUGGUUUAGGAGCAGAACCCAAAACCCCAGGUUUCUCACACUCCUUAGCACUGUCAUCAGAUGAGAUCCUUGAUGAUGGACAGUCUCCUAAACACAGUCAGUGUCAGAAUCGUGCUGUUCAGGAGUGGAGCGUGCAGCAGGUUUCCCACUGGUUAAUGAGCCUGAACCUUGAACAGUAUGUUUCUGAAUUCAGUGCCCAAAACAUUAAUGGGGAGCAUCUCCUUCAACUGGAUGGGAGUAAGCUCAAGGCUCUUGGUAUGACAUCUUCCCAAGACAGAGCAAUCAUUAAAAAGAAACUAAAGGAAAUGAAAACAUCCAUGGAGAAAGCUCGCAAAGCUCAAGAGAAAAUGGAGAAGCAAAGGGAAAAGCUUAGGAAGAAGGAACAAGAGCAACUGCAGAGAAAAUCCAAGAGAACAGACAAGUCUUCGUCAGAUGCGACAGAUGGCACUAAUGAGCAGUGAUAAGCAGACCUACUACUAUGUUAGUAAUGUGGAGGCACUUCAAGGGAAGAGAAAGUCUCAUCCAAGCCAGUGCCCCUUCAGCCUUCUUGUAUUUCAUUACACAAGAGUAUAUACACAGAAAUGGGGCUAUACAUAGAAUGAGUAGGGAAAUUUAUAUUGUGUAGUUUUAUUUUCCUGCGUAUUCAGUUCAUGUUUGUUGUUGUUGCCAUGCUAAACAACUCCAGAUCCUCAGUUUGUUUUGUUGUUGUUGACAGCUAACAGAUUUCAUAUUUUUGUGGCAGUGUUUCCUUCCAAACUACUCUUUUCUGUUGAGCUCUGUGUGUUCGGUCACUUCAGUACCCAGCAAGAUGCUGAGGAGCAUGGUCUACUGCUUCACGUGUGCUGAGUAGGAUGGCUAGUCAGAAUGACUGGUGAAUGUUUAUUCAGCUGAGUAAAAGUUGCUGUUCUCUCUCCAAUAGAGUUGACUUAACUUUCUAACUGGAAUUUCAGCUUCUUUACGGUGUUUUGAUACUCAGUUCUAUCUACUGGAAGAAGUUUCAUCUUGCAUCAGUACCUUGAAGUGACACUGCUUUGGAAAUGCGACUGUUCAGUGACUUCUUAUUAUACACUGGAGAUAAAGACAGGAGAGUCAAUACUGCCCCCGGGAAAAAGACAGGAGGUGAAACUCUUUCUGUUAACUGUAAAAUAGUUUAAUCCAGGAAGGAGGCAAAGCCUUAAAUGAUUAUGUGGGUUUACACAGAAAUCAGAGGAUAACAUUUAUCCUUUGGAUAUCUGAGCAAGGAUGAAUUUCUAUCUAGAGCACAGCAUACAAAUCUGUAUAAAUUUCAUUGUGCUCCCAGUGUGUGUAGGCAACUUACUUAUAGCACACUCUGCUUUCUUUUUCAUGUAUUUUGACCAGGAAACUGGAUUUAUGUUGCUCUGUUUUUUCAAGGAAAGCACUACAUCUUCAGAUUCGUUCUCCAAUAAGCACUGGGAGAAUAAGCUUUGUGCUGUGCUAUUAUGAAGCUGUCAGUGGAAACAUUUAUCAGACUCAAGUCUGUUAAAGACUUUUCAGUUUUUAAAGAAGUGCACUUUAAGAAGAGGAAGAAGAGGGAUUCUGGUUAAAAUAAAAUUCAGUACAUUGCUGUUAAGAUCAGUGCUGCCAUGGAGGUGAAGGUUACUAAAUCCAAAGCUGCCAUAUAUUAACGGUUUUGAUUAGUGUGUUUAGCCCCAGUAAAAAUAGAAUUUUUAGGCACAGGCUGUAGAAUGUUUGGAUAAUUUAACUGGUGACUGUAUUACAUGCUUGAGAGAUUUCUGUUUUCCUGAUGAAGCUGGUAUGUAGUUUUGACUAUGACAGAAGCAAACAGUAUAUCUUGCACUAUAUGAUGCUACUGCCUCUUAAGAAGAGUAUUAAAAUAUCCAGUAUUUCUUCAUAGGAAUGGAAAGACAGCAGGCAAGUAUCCACAAUGAGAAAUUAAGUGUAUUACCCUAUUACUUUGUAGUCAAAGCUAACUGUGUAGCAGCGUUUAUAGUUCAGGAACAUCUCUUCCCUUUCAUGCAUUCUGGAAGUUGCAGUCUCCAUCUGGUCCAUCCUACUAACCUGUAUGUUGUUUAAGCUGUUGAUGCAAAGUCAGAAACUUGAACUUGACAGUCUAAAAAUUGAUUCAAAAUACUGAAUUAUUUUAAGGAAAAUCUUUGUUUUAGUUGGGCUUGGCUUCCGUUCUGCACUUUGACAUACAGACAGUCUGUAAAGCUCUCUGGAGCUGAGAGAUUUAAAACAGUUGGGAUGCAAUGUUUAUAGUUAAAUUUCUUAAUGUGGAAUGUUAAGUUUUCAGUUUAAUCGUAAUAGUUUCUUUGACAUGUAAAAUGAACUGUAAACUGAUAGCGUCUAGUUCAUUUAAAACUAAUAGACAACAGACCUACUUAGUAUUAGCUUUAUUUUUUCUUCCACAUGCAAUUACUACACGUUUCUGAUAUGUACUCUAUUGAAAUAUAAAAAUGAAAUUGUGGUAAAAGAUACUUCCUGAUAUUUCUGAAGACUUGUGAUAUUUUUCUUGAGAUAAAGAGACCUUUGGCAAAAAAAUAUAUAGCUAUUAGUGAAAAUUCUGUAUUAAAGUGAAUCUUUCUGCAAUCUUUGUAGAAGAAAAAUUGUACAAAUUGAGUAAUAAGGGCUCUGUGAAAUUAGCAUACAGUUAUUUUAGGAGGUUAUAGUACCUAUAUUUUAUAUAUAGGUAUAUAUAUAGGUAUACAUAUAACCUCCUAUAUUUUAGGAGGUUAUAUAUACAAGUAAGAGACGUUAUCUGGAAGAAACUGGAAAUUUAAUAUUUUAAAAACAAAGUUGAUAAUUGCAUUCAAUGAUGAUUUUCUCUUUAAGUUAUGUUUACAUUACAGUAAUGUUUUAAGUGGUUGUAUGUAAUAAUCUAAGGAAGUGUCCCUAUUUGAUUUUCUUCAUCUUCUUAGAAACUUGUGCAGACUUCUUGGCAUUAUACAUUGAGUUUACUAUUUUGCUGCUUGGAACCUAGUGCCUAGUUAAUCUUUGUAAAUCAGGUUCUUAUUCUGCAGAAUAACUAACUAAUUUGACUUAAGUCUUUCAAGUAUUCAGGGGUUUUUUAUUGCUUUGUAGUAAUGUUACUUUGUUAUUCUCUGAUUUAAAAAAAAAUUUAACUUCAAACAGUAACUUAGAUUUAAAAUAAGAGCAUAAAAUGCCUGUCGAUUAAUGGCUGAAAACAGAGCGAACCAAGCAAUGUCAAGAGUUUCACUCUUUGUUCUGUGAUAAAAAAGGUUUAGGUGGUUCCUUUUGUUAAGUAUAGCAACUCGGUUUUGGGACAUACAGAAAUGUCACUGGAUUACAGAUGUAAGGACCAAUGCAGUUUAAGACCUUUAUUACUGUUUCAUAAGAUCUUUGAAGUUGUGUUGCGUUUUUCUCCUUAUAUACUGAAAUGGCAUAUAUGAAAGAGAAGAUAUGGAUGUCACUCAUCAUUCUCAACUUAAAACUUCCUGUAAAACAUGCUAAGUCAGACAAGUGCAUGUUGCUGUGUAAAAAGAAGAAACAAACAUCCCACGCUAAGUGACUGGAAAGACUUCCCGUUCACCUGCACAUGUAACUGUAAGCUACUUCUGCAUCUCUGUUUUUGGAGUUAAAGCAGUUUUGUAUAUGCUGACUGGUCUAGCCAACUUUAAAACUCUGUGCAGGCAGCUCGGUGUUUCUGCUCUUCUAGCCGUGCAUCUGUGCUGGCUGCACGCCUCGGUGAGCCUAGCUGGCUGUCAGUGUUGACCGCCCCGUUACCGUUGAUAGCCACUUUUGUGAAUUGUGGUUCUGCUCAUACAGUUGAGUUACUGCCCUGAUACAUAUAUCUAGCUUCUGACAGAGUGAAGAAGUGGGCUGCAGUGAAAAAAAAGAAGAGUUAAUAGGAAAUGGUACUUUGAAAAAACAGAAAAUAGAAGAUGCAACAUUGCUGGUUACUUUAGCCCUAAAAAAGCUAGUGUUUGCAUUGAGAUUCUGAAGAGAAUGAUGGCUCUGCUCUGUCCAAAUCUGCCAAACAUACUGACAUUAUUCACUUCCACUGGGCAUUCUGCUGUGGGUGGCUGCCUGCAGCCAUGUGACGUGAGCAUUAAAACUGCUAAUUAGAUUUCAGUUUGCCUGGGCAGAUCAGGACGGGGGAACGAAGAGCCCGACCUGUUGUGUGCAGUGCACGGUAGUGUUGCUCACUGGUGCUUGCAUUUCACCCACCCAUCUAAGCAGCUCUGGUGGGAGUCCUUGUAAGCAGAGCCUGUUCUAGAUCAAAGGUUAGAAUAAAACAGUAGAACAAAAGCCCAUAAUAAAGUGCUAAACAGAGCUAGGUAAUGUUUGUAUCUGAGUGUACCCAAAUGCUUUUGCAGAGUUUUGUUUUUUUGGUUUUGGUUUUGGUUGUUUUUUCAAAGGUAUCUGUUGUGCCAUGACUCUAGUCUGCUGCAGGGAUGCAACAAGAAUUGAGUUUUUACAAGAAUUACUGCACAGCCUUCCUCAGCAGCUUGCCAGCCCUUUACUCUCCCUGGCAUUCAGAGGUGCCCUAAGCAACACAGGGUCCUAAUACUUUAGCUACUUCAAAGCAACUGCAACCUCUUGAGCUACUUCACCUUCAGCUCCUGGUCCACAUGCUAUUGGGUAAGAGGUGGGCAAUGUGGAUGAAUUUGUUUGCACUUAAAGUCAGUGAAAGAAAUCACGUUCUUAGUAGUGCAGAAUCCAGCCCUGCUGUAGGAGAGAGAAGGCUGAUCAUCAACUGUAUAUGGCCAAGAAGCACCAUUCUGGAUGCCCUCACAACACUGAAAAUCAGAAGAAGUUUGCAUGCAUUCAGCUGUCAUUCUUUAAAAAUCUGCAGUGCAGUCUGUACUGUUUGUUACUGCUGCAGUUUAAAGAAGGUUUUCAAGAAUAAAGUCAUGUGUUAAUUUCUUAGUAUGUAUUUACAGAGAGAGAGAGAGAGAGAGAGAAUAUUGUCCUGUCAACAAGAAAGCAAAACCUGAUAUUGCUCUUUUAGGUGUGGCUUCUUGCCCUGCAAAGUCAUGAUAGAGGGGCUGGGCCGGUUUAGCAGCGCUUCCCUCGUUCCAUGCGCUCCCUCACUUUAAAACCUCAGGAAACCUGUGCUGUGGUCCAAAACACUGAAAAAAAAAUAGAUGUUUGAAAAAAACUGGCACAUGUUUGAUUAACUUGUAAGUCUUUAACAGUUGAAACGGGCAAAGUGCACAAAGCAGUUAGAUGUUUUUGGAUUGGUUUUGUUAAACCAGUGAUUGAGAAUAAUGAAAUAAAUCAGCCUUUCUAGAAAGGAAAAUGUUCAAGUGAUGGGGUUUGUGGCUUGAUUCUUCUUUAAAUAAAUAUGUAUGAUUUUGUGUGUGUACAUACAUAUGUACAUACAUAGAUUUUCAUACAGAUUUACACUGCAUUGAGAUUAGUAGCAGUGAGUAUGUAGGUAACUGUGAGUUACAGGGCUGUUGGUACAUAAUCUACACAUCAAAGGGUCCUGAUACCAUAAAGAAACUCAGACGAGAUAAGUGCUAGCAGCUGGUCUCACCAGUGUGCUCCCCUUUGCUGUGCUGAUAGCUUUACUCACUGUUUCCUUGUAAUGUUGUAUGUAUUUGACAGAUCACAAGAUUUUAAAGUUUUGUUAAAACCAUAUUGAGAACUGCCUUUUGUGUGUCUUUCUGCAUGUUGUCCUCUCUUUAUUUUUUGGCAGGAUUGAUUUAUUAGAGUGUUAGUAUUUUAGGGAAAAUUUGUUUAUAUAUUUUGUAAACCUAAUUUUGAUUUCUGUUGGAGUGCUUUGAGCAGCUCAUUAUUGAGCAGGAUUGUAAGUAAGUGGUGUCAGACGUGACCUACCCAGUGAUUGCGGUUGACUGUAGGUCAUUUGCAAGUUGCACAGUCUUUUCAGUUACCUCCUGUAUGUAUUUUAUUCUACCUUUUCCACCUGUGAAACUGUGUGAUUUUUUUUUCCAAGCUGUGAUUCCAUAUCUAUGACAUUGAGCUCUCCAAUCUCCCUUCAUAAAAUGAGUUUUCUGUCACUAACUGGCAGUGAGACUGGUACUUUAGCUACAGGCAUUAGGUCAUGACUCAAAAGAUGUGUCCUAGUGGAAGAUUUGGCUUUAGUGCUCAGUGUUGCCUCUUGCUUUGGACGUUUGGACUCUUGGGAACUGAUCGGUUGGUUUAUAAAACCUGAUCUUCUGAGUUGGGAGAGGUUUUUCUCCAGGCUGGGGAGAUGAGGAGGGACAGCAGCUCAGGAGAUGAGUCCCAGCUCAAUAACCAAGGAGCCUUAGGCUGGUGCUAUGGGUGUCCAUGACACCAGCGGAGCAGACUCAGGCCCCAGCGAUGGAGAGUCGAAAGGAAGCAGGGAGCACAGGGCACCAGCCAUAAGGAAUAAACAGACCAUUCUAAAAUGGGGAAUGCACAGUGAACCGCUCUUCUAACUAUAUAUACUUUCCCUUACACAUUUGCUGUCUUAACUACUGCGUAUGUAUUUUCCAGUCAUGUUGCAAUGGUAACUCACUGGUAGCUGAGAAGUGUUAAACAUAUUGCUAGACAACCAGGCAGCUAAAAGACUAAUAUGCACUGUGCUCACUGUAAAAAUUGGCUUCUUUUCUUGUUUCUUUUUAUAUGAUAGGAGGAGGUUUGUUGCGCCUUUUUUUUUUUUUUGUUAGAGGUCAAAUGUAUAUGAAGUGCAUGUUAUUCUGAAGAUUUUGUUUGUACAUCUUGCUGUCUAAUCAUCUGCAUGGAAGACACAGUAGUGCCAUGUCUGAGCUUGUUCUCUUGUGCUUGGUUAAUAUGAACUUCUCUAGAUUGUUGAGUUUUCCCCUAAAACAACAUUCUUUAGUUAUUUGGAGGCAUCAAAAUAAAGAAAAACACAGUGGCCCUUUGUUUUCUUACAGUUUAAAUACAACAACAAAAACCUUGUGGUUUAAAGUUAAUUUGUUAGUGUAAAUAAAUUUCUUGCCAAUGAGUAUUAUUGUUGUUAGACAACGAAUGCAAUAAAAUGAGAAAUCCUGAAUCUUUA